GAUGGAAGUUCUGAAGCGGACAGAGAUUGACGGAAGAGACCUAAAAAUAAUAGCUAACCUGUAUUGGAAUCAAUCACCGGUGUUCAGAAUAGAUGGAGAAUAUAUUGAUCAUGUCAAUAUCUUGAGGGGAGUGAGACAAGGGGCAUCGUGAAGAAAUCAAGGCAGAUAUGAGCAACUCCAAUGCAUUUUGCAAGGUAAAAUUAAAGGAAAAGUGGCCCCAGGA